ACAAAAUGGCUGCAGAGGCUCCGCCGCCGCCGCCGCCGCCGAGGUCCCGCUGAACGCCCCACGCUGUGAGAAGAAGCAAAACUCACCAGAAGAGAACCAUUUGAUGGAAGAUAAGAAAAAGAAAAAGCACGAAGAGAAGAAAAAGAAAGAAGCCGCUCAGAAAAAGGCCACAGAACAGAUAACCAAAGUGCCAGACUCUGCCAAGCUCGACCCCACCCCUCCUCUUCCCCCCAUCAACCCCAGUGCCGCCCCGUCUGUAGCCCCAAGCAGUGGCAAUGGCAAGCGCGCUCCCUCCGGAGGUCAGCCACAGACAGCACAGCAGCCCCAGACUCUGCUCCAGCAGCGCUACCCACCCAGAGAGGUGCCCCCCCGCUUCCGCCAGCAGGAGCACAAGCAGCUGUUGAAGAGGGGUCAGCCUCUGCCCUCUGGGAGCCUGCUUCUCACCACCUCAACACGUCCCAGCACUACUGAACCUGCAGCAGCAGCUGUACCUGCACACUCCUCUCCCUCCUGCUCCUCUUCCUCCACAGCCAGCCUGCCUACAGAACUGCCCCCCCAGAGCAGCCAGGGAGCCCAGUAUGAUAAUCCCCUCUGGGGACACCUGCCAACUAAUAGGAGUGCCACAAGUGCUGCCUCUUCCACCAAUCUCAGUGGUUGGGAUCAACUGAUUAUUAACCAGAAGGACACAGAGGCUUGGCCUUCUAUUACCCUCAGCAAGAGCCAGGCCCCUCCUGGAGGAUGCCCUUUGGAUACUGACCCUGGUCGCUUGACCAGCAGCAGCAGCAGCAGCGGCAGCAGCAGUACUAGUAGUAGUUGUAGUACAGUUACUAUGGCCACAGGGGCCAACAGCCAGACAGGCCACUUCCCUGCCAACCACCUAAGCAGCAAGGCCAACAGUGGAACCAGUCCUGCCAGUCAUACUGGAACCAGCAUGCUCUCUAGCCAGGUUGCAGCCAAUCGCAACUGGGGUUCUGGACCUGGACCCUCCCAUUGCCCCCCUCAGUCCUCAGUGGGGAAUGAAGGAAAGAGUGACAGUCCAGUGGGGGGAGCAGGCAGCAGGGGCUGGGGCUCAUCAUCUUCCACCACCAACUAUAACUUGAACCUAAACCCUAAUGCCAACCCAUCCGCCUGGCCAAUGCUGGGGCAUGAUGGACCUGGUACAGGGGGAGGCAGCUCAGGGGGAGCCAACACCAUUUCACCUCCUCAACCUACACCAAACCUCUGUAAUCAGCCUGGCCCUCCACCAGCCCAGACCAGCACCUGUACUGGAGCCAACACUAACAGCAACUCCUCUGGGAUUGGCAGCGCCUGGGGAGGUUUAAUGACCUCUGAAAUGUCAGAGCCACACCCCUCCCCAUCCACGAAUGUGUCUUUCAGUUCAGAACCUCAGAACCUUAAAACUGAUGGACCAAAUCACACUAAUAACCAGGAACCGUCAAGCCCUAUCCACAGCUUGCCUGGCUGGGGUAAUGCACCUGUAGGGAUGAGUUCAAUGGGCCAACCUCCAAAAGGGGGCCCGCAGGUCAAUGGAGAAGAUAGUAGCUCAGUAUGGGGUAACAGUGGCGACUCUAAGGCACCUUCAUCUAAGGAGGCACCUGGCUGGAACUCUGGCUGGGGCCAUGGGGGAGAUGGAGCAGGAAAUACUGGAGGAUGGGGUGACCAGUCCCGUGGAGACUGGGGGAAGCAGCACACUGAAGAGGCCCAGGGAAGCUGGGAUACCCCCAGCUCUCCUCCACAGGAGACAAAGGCUAGUCCUUGGGGCAGAGCUGUGAGCACAGCUGUUGCCAGUGAAGGGAGCAGUGACAGCAUGGAAGGACAUCCCCAAUGCAGAGACUCAUCCAGAGAUAAUCCAGCUCCUCUGCCCCCUGCACAGGAUCUGGACCCCAGGGUGUUGUGUAACACUGGGUGGGGACAGACCCCUGUUCGCCAGCACACCUCAUGGGAUAUGGUGGAGAGUAAACGCAAGAAAGAUGCAGCUUCUGAAUCACGGGGCUCUGGCCCAACCACUCCAAACAAUUCCCAGGGGCCCUCCAACACUAGCAUGGGCCCCACUCAGAGGACUGACCCUGGGAGCAAAAAUGAUGUGCCUGGUUCUCAGGGAGCUUCAGGUUGGGGUGGAAGCAUAGCAGCUACCAACAAGCCCAACUCUGGUUGGGGAGAGCAACCUAACAACAUUAAGCCCCCAGCUGCCCCCAGUGGCUGGGGGAACUCUCCAGCAGGAGGCCCCACCACCAGUGUACCUAAGAAUGGUGGUCAGUCAUGGAGAGAGGAGAAGUCAAGUGGGUGGGACGAAUCUCACAACAAGGCAACAUCCCAAGGCUGGGGAGAGCAACAAAAACCAUCCCACGGCUGGGGCAAUAGUGGAGGCAGCAAUAACACUGGUGACUGGGGAGAACCAGAAGAGAGCAAAAAAAGUCCCACCAACCCUGCCUGGGAGGGCGAGGCAGCAGGCUGGAAGGAAAAGCCACGAGGCUGGGGAAUGCCAGCUUCAGGAUCAGGGGUAUCGGGAGCUGGAGGAAAUGGUGGCUGGGGAGAACCAGUUUCCCAGCGUCCCAGUGGCCCUCCUCAAGGAUGGGCUGGCAAGCCUCAGGAUGGGCCCAGUGGCCCUCCUCAAGGAUGGGCUGGCAAGCCUCAGGAUGGGCCCAGUGGCCCUCCUCAAGGAUGGGCUGGCAAGCCUCAGGAUGGGCCCAGUGGUAAUAGUGGAGGAGGGGGCGUAGGCUCUUGGGGUGGCUCAAACUCAGUGAAGCAAGCUGCAGGUCGGAGUGGCAGUAAGCAAGAAUCCUCAGCUGAUUCCACAGGCUGGGAAGAGCCCUCCCCACCUUCAAUCCGACGUAAAAUGGAGAUAGAUGACGGGACCUCAGCUUGGGGUGACCCUGGUGUUUACAGCAAGGCGGUCAACUUGUGGGACAAGAAUAAUCCAGGAAAUUCCCAGGCUAAAGUUCCCACUGGAGGCAAUAAUCCCCCAGUUCCAAACAACAACCAUCACCACUCUCACAAUCACCCAUAUCACGGGCCACCUGCACCUUUACAGAAUCACAGUCAAAACUCUCAGAACCCAGGGCCAACCAGUGGGCCUAUGGAUCCUGUUGUGCCACACCAGCCUGGGCCAUCUCACAACAGGGCUCCCCUGAUAGCUCAAGGCUGGGGAGAAAUACCAAGCUCCCACACAAAGUCGGAGAGCACUUGGGGGGAACCUGCACCUCCUCCGGUCAGCAUGGACAACGGGACGUCUACCUGGAACAAACAAACUGGGAGCUGUGGAGGCUGGAGUGACGGUAACCAGGACGGCUAUAGCAGGGGCAACCAAGCAAUGACGUCUGCAGCCUGCAAACCUGCCCCCAAACCUAUGCAAGAUGGAUGGGGAGGUGGAGGUGGAGGUGGAGGCGAGGAGCUGAGCCUGUCAGGGGGUCAGUGGGAUGCUGAGGAGGGAGACAUGUGGAAUAGUGCUCCCUCCCAGGAGAGCAACUCCUGCAACUCUUGGGGCAAUACAUCCAAAAAGGUCCCACAGAAGGUGAAGGUCCCAGGAAAGCAGGAAGAGGCCUGGAUCAUGAAUCGUCUCAUCAAACAGUUGACAGACAUGGGCUUCCCUAGGGAUCCAGCAGAGGAGGCUCUGAAGAGCAACAACUUGAACCUGGACCAGGCCAUGAGUGCCCUGCUGGAGAAGAAGACGGAGCUGGACAAGCGGGGGAUGGGGAUGGCCGGCCACGACUACAACAACGGGCUCAUCAACAAGCCCAUGAGCUGCCCUCGGCCCCCGCUUCUCUCCAAAGACCCCUCGGCAGACCCCCGCUUGCCCUUCAUGGAUAAGAUGCAGAGUGGAAUGUUUGGCGGCGGUGGAGCAGCACAAGCCCGGACCAUGCAGCAGACGCAGCAGCCUCCUCAGCCGCCAGUGCCGCCUCUCAGCUCCUCUCAGCCUAGUGUACGUGCUCAAGUGCCUCAGUUUCUCUCCCCUCAGGUUCAAGCACAGCUCUUACAGUUUGCAGCAAAAAACAUUGGUCUCAAUCCUGCACUUUUAACCUCACCAAUAAACCCUCAACAUAUGACCCUUCUGAAUCAACUUUACCAGCUGCAACUGGCAUACCAGCGUUUACAAAUUCAGCAGCAGAUGUUGCAGGCGCAGCGCAAUGUUUCUGGUCCCAUUCGACAACAAGAGCAGCAAGUUGCACGUACAAUCAAUAACAUGCAGCAGCAGAUCCAACAGCACCAGCGUCAGCUGGCCCAGGCCCUGCUGAUGAAGCAUCAACAACAGCAGCCGCCUCCCUCCCACUCGGGCCUGCAUCCUGGUGGGACCAAAUCCACCCUGGAUUUGUUUCCAGGUCACCCCCAGGCUCCAGGCCUCCCUGACCUGCAGACCAAAGAGCUGCAGUCAUCUCCUAACUCCUACAGCCCCUACGCUCUCUCCGGACUGAAUCCAAACAUGAAUGUAAACUGCAUGGAGGUGGGAAGUCUGGAUAUGAAGAUACCUCACCAGCCCCAAUCGCGCCUGUCACAGUGGACGCACCCGAACUCCAUCGAAAGCCUUUCUGGUAACUCCUCUCCUCUAGAGCCCAGCCUGGGCAAGCAUGGUGCCAACUUGGGUCCCCCGGGUAAACCCCCACAGAUGGAGGACUCGUACAGUCCCUACAACCUCAUGUCCAGCUCAGACUCUCCUACCAGCCCCCUGGUCCCCGCAGACAAUUGGGGACAGGGCAAAAGUAACAAUGACAAGAUGGCCAAUGGGACCAAUAUCAACUGGCCGCCAGAGUUCUGCCCCGGUGUUCCCUGGAAGGGUCUGCAGAAUAUCGACCCCGAGAAUGACCCCAACAUGACCCCGGGCAGUGUCCCCAGUGGGCCCACCAUCAACACCAAUAUCCAAGAUGUCAACCGCUACCUGCUACGGGACAGGAGUGGAGGUAAACUGUCAGAGAUGAAAUCUACCUGGUCUUCUGGCCCUGUCUCUCAUAGCCAGGCCUCCCUGUCCCACGAGCUGUGGAAGGUCCCUCAGGGGCCCCGGAGCAGCAAUAUAGCCCCUUCACGUCCCCCACCCGGCCUCAGCCACAGCAAGCCUUCCUCAACGUGGGGGGGCAACUCCCUGGGUCUGGCCCAAGGCUGGAGCAACUCUUACACCUCAGCAGGCACCGCAUGGAGUACAGACAGCUCCACCAGGACCAGUAGCUGGCUGGUUUUGAGGAACCUCACUCCACAGAUUGAUGGUUCGACUCUGCGUACGCUGUGCAUGCAGCACGGCCCCCUCAUCACAUUCCACCUCAACCUAACCCAGGGCAACGCUGUGGUGCGCUACAGCUCCAAGGACGAGGCUGCCAAGGCUCAGAAGUCCCUGCACAUGUGUGUGCUCGGGAACACCACCAUCCUGGCAGAGUUUGCUGGGGAGGAGGAAGUGAACCGCUUCUUUGCACAGGGCCAGUCGCUCGGGGUAACAACCAGCUGGCAGGCCACUCCAGGCUCCAAUCAGACACGGAUGGGUAGGACCGAGUCCGGAGCCCCUCAUCCGAUCGGCCACUCGCCCCACUGGAACAACAACAACAACGGCAGCGGCGGCCUGGGAAGCGGAGCAAAGACAGGCGGGGAGUUGCUCUGGGGUGGCGUGCAACAGUAUUCUAACCUGUGGGGACCCCCGAGUGGAGAGGAGGGACGGAUCAUGGGGAGUCCCACAACAAUCAAUACGCUGCUGCCUGGGGACCUGCUGAGUGGAGAGUCCAUGUAGGACGGAAGAUCCCGGGCGAAAAACAAAACACCAACAGGAGCAAAAAUCUUUCAAAUCAAUGUGGAGAUAAUCAGUGUGGGUGUAGAAAUGAAAAGGAAAAGACGAGAGGAGGACGAGGCUCCAUCCUCGCUGCUCCCCCUCGUCAGCCUCCUCUGCUCCUUUAAGGUUUGAAUGACAUUUCAGUUGCAGUUCUUAUGUGAAUCUCAGCGAGGGAUUCUGGUCACAGUGUUCAGCUUUUACUUUCGGAGACACAAGAAGUCUUUUCAUUCAACGAAGAAAGAGUUCUUUUUACAGACAUGAACUUUUGAGAUCUCGCACCGUGUGAACUUUGGUCAAACUGACACAGUGACGAGCCGCCAUCUUUAGACCUGCGUAAUCCUUCACUGCCUUUUUGGGGCAAAUCAUUCUGCACCUCAGAGAUCCAUGGAAAAGGCAUCAUUCCCAAAGUAAAAACCCUUCAAUCAGAGCGGUUGUGGAACUUUCAGCUGGUCCAGACUCGACACAUUUGUUUCUCUCAGCACUAAUAUUAGCCUUAACCUCUUUCCUGCCCUGCUAUCCUCAUUCACUCUGUACUCGGUGAAGAAGCAUACGGACACUUGCACACCCUUAUUUCUGAGCCAGUGAAACCUGAGUGGGAAGUACAUGCUGCUGCUGCUGCUCAACGUCAGCAACCACAGCUCACGACUUCAGUGCAUUCUUUUGCAAGCAGAUUGAGUUCCUCACUUCGCUCAAAGGGAAUGAUGCAACUCUGUUCGCCUUGUUCAAGCCAUUUAUUUUUGUAUUCUUGUUUUUUUUUCUUCUUCUUCUUGAACCAUUGCAAACAAAGCGAAUGAAAUUAUUCAAAUGUGUCUGUCAAUCGUACUUGGUGUGGGGGGGGGGGUCAUUGCUUGUACAGACAGUUAUGGACGUGGAGGACGACACAAUGAACCACUGCUGUUACUAUGGAACUGUAAAGACACCUCAACUCAUCUGUGGGGAAACUCACAGUUUGUCUCUCCCUGAUGUAGUGGAGAGAGGAAAAGAAAAACUCAAG